AUGAUUGUGGAUCGCGUCUUUUUCUCUCUCUCAACUACCCCGCGACUCCUUCGCCCUUCCAUCCGCUCCAUACCCCUUCCUACCCUCGGCGUAAGAGCAAUGUCGGCAACAGCUCCGCGGCCCGAUCCCUUUCGCCCCGCAAAGCGAGUAGCGGGGCAACGACAGGAUGUCUGGUCUAUUGUCAAUGAAGCGGCGGCUGCGUCACCGGUCCAGCCAAUCGUGAACAUGGGUCAAGGUUUCUUUGGUUAUAAUCCUCCUAAGUUUGCCAUUGACGCCGCGAAGGACGCACUCGACCGGGUGGAAUGCAAUCAGUACUCGCCGACUAAGGGUCGUCCUCGUCUUAAGCAGGCCAUCGCAGAUGCAUACUCGCCUUUCUUUGGUCGAACAUUGAACCCAGAGACCGAAGUCUCGAUCACAACCGGAGCGAACGAGGGAAUGCUGAGUGCUUUCAUGGCCUUUAUCGAGCCUGGUGACGAGGUCAUCAUUUUUGAGCCAUUCUUCGACCAGUAUAUUAGCAACAUCGAGAUGCCCGGUGGUACUAUUCGUUAUGUGCCUCUGCACCCUCCCAAGGAUGGUGCUACUAGAACCUCUCCAGCAUCGGAGUGGACUAUCGAUUUUAAUGAGUUGGAAAAUAAUAUCAACUCCAAGACUAAGAUGAUUGUUCUCAACUCUCCUCACAACCCCGUGGGUAAGGUGUUUUCGCACGAAGAACUGGUGCGCAUUGGCGAGCUUUGUGUGAAGCACAACCUCAUUAUCUUGUCCGAUGAGGUCUACGACCGUCUCUUCUAUGUCCCCUUCACCCGAAUUGCCACCUUGUCACCUGAGCUCUAUGAGCGCACCCUGACAGUAGGCUCCGCUGGUAAGGCCUUCUACGCCACCGGAUGGCGUGUUGGUUAUCUGAUUGGUCCCGAGCACUUGAUCAAGUACGUGGCUGGCGCACACACCCGUAUCUGCUACAGCAGUGUCUCUCCUCUUCAAGAAGCCGCUGCCGUUGGAUUCGAGCAGGCUGAGAAGGUCGGAUUCUGGGACGAGAGCCGAAAUGAGAUGAAGGGCAAGAUCGAGCGAUUCUGUCAGGUCUUCGAUGAGCUUGGCAUUCCAUACUCCGAUCCGGAGGGCGGAUACUUUGUUCUGGCUAAUAUGGCAUCUGUCAAGCUUCCUGCUGACUACCCAUUCCCACCUCAUGUGGCUAACCGCCCUCGUGACUUCAAGCUUUGCUGGUUCUUGAUUCACGAGGUUGGUGUUGCUGCUAUUCCGCCCACCGAGUUUUAUACCGAUGCCAAUGCUAGUAUUGCAGAGGACUAUCUCCGCUUUGCGGUUUGCAAGAACGAUGAUGUUCUUGAGACUGCCAAGGAGAGACUUCGUGGUCUGAAGAAGUAUAUUCAGUGA